GAGAUUCAAUCCUGAUCUUUGAACAGUCUUCAGUAGGGGUGGGGGAAUUUUCCCAAAUUGUUUGUUUCUUGAUUUAAUGGCUCACCAGGAAAAGUUAGGGCUUAAUAUUUUAAGUAUGUUGCUCACCUACCUUCCCCCAGAACAGUUGCUGGAUGCGCAAUUGAGGUGUUUGUCAAAUUGUAACAAAUGCUCUGCCUGCGUGGCUGUGCCGUAUUAGAACAUUAUGUUUUUGUGCCAGACCUUUUCCUGGGAAGAGUCUCACCUUUUCGCACAGGUUGUAACUUUUCAGUUGUUUGCGCGCACGUAGGUAACUUACCUUGUUCCAUUGCGUGUUGAUUAUUAUCCAGGCGCCUUCUCUGUGGGAGAUUCUUUCUGUACUGACAACUCUUCGUUGCCUUAGGUUGUUUUAGUUGCCAUAUUUUUUCUUAGGACUACUUGCUGUUUCCCUUAAUAUAAUCAAAGUGGCUUGACCAAGCUUAAGAAGUUUUCCGUAACGCCAUGCCAAAUUCAAGGAAUCUUUUAUAAGACUGCUCAAUCUGGGAUUCAUAGAAACUCAGAUUGCCUUUUCUCUGAGUGCGUUUUUCAGAGAAAUCGUCAUCAUUUUCUUGUCAUUUUUGGCUGAGGGUGGUGGAAGAAAACUACUGCCUUUUUUUGUUUCCCCAUCUGUUCAAAAUGCCGAUUUCCUAGCAUGAUGUGAUAAUCUAGAAUGCUCCAAGUAGUUCCAAUUCUGCAUGUGCCUAGCUCUGAAUUAGAAAUAACCUGUUGACGGCCCACUGUGUGCCCGGCAUACUUUAUCUCAUUGAAGUCUUUGCAACUUAGGAUACACAUGCUCUUUUUUUCCAUCUCACAGAGAGGGCUCUCUUUCCCAGGUUUCGUAGUUGUCCAUCUGGCCCCAGUUUGAAAAGAUUGGAAUACAAAUUCAGGUCUUUCCAAAUCCAAGCCCUAUGUUCUACUAUGUCUUAGGGACAUAGUGACGAAUAUUCAAGACAGUCCUCGCCCUUGAAGGUUGAUGAGAGAAAACUAGUAAGCAGCAGUGACAGCGUAUCAGCACUGACAUGGGGCAUCUAAUCCCCUUUGGGAGAGUGGGACAAUAGGGGGUCAAAGAAGUGUUCUUGAAAGAGAUGACCUCUGAGCUGAAUUCUGAAGGACAAGCAGGGGUUAACCCUGUAACCAGGAAAGAGCAGGGUGUGCAGAGAUGAAAGACAGAAUGCCACUGGCUUUGCUGGGUUGGGGUGCAGCAUAGUGAGGAGUCAUUCAGAAGUGUUUGGGUUUUAAUCCUGGGGGCAGCGGGGAGCUACACUGCCUUGCUGUGGUCUGCAAGCGUGAUAGGAACGGAAGAGAAGGGACCAAGCCUUGUUCCCCAAGGCUUGCAGCACAUAACCUGCCUGAUCAUUUGAUUCCUGCAGGCCUAGAGGAAGAAGAAAAGCACAUUGUAGCAGGGGUCCUCAGACCUGGGUCAGAUGCUGCCCUCACCGUUCCAAGGCCCCCCGUUAGUCUCUUGGCCUCUUUAGGCUCUGAUCUUCUCUUUGGUUCUGAUAAUUAAACCAAAAAAAGCCCCACAACCUUUUAAUGGGAGUAGUAAGGCCUGGUCUCCGACCUCGUAGGUCUUGAGAGCAUAACUGAUUUAUACAUCAUUUAGAAUUUGUUUGUUCUUCACAUAAAUAUACAUUCUAUCAAAAACCAAAUUGCCUUUUGGGGCUUAUCAUGUUCUCAUUGGAGAAUGUUAAACCUUAUAUUCUGAAAAAGUACAUUACUUCCAGAGACUAAAAAGGUAUUCCAGGGGCUGGCCCCAUGGCCUAGUGGUUAAGUUCGGUGCCCUCUGCUUUGGUGGCCUGGGUUCAGUUCCUGGGCAUGGACCUACACCACUUGUCAGUGGCCAUGCUGUGGUGGCAACCCACAUACAAAACAGAGGAAGAUUGACACAGAUAUUAGCUCAAGGCCAGUCUUCCUCAGGGAAAAAAAAAAGGUAUUCUAGAUAAGAAUAGUCAGUAUUAAGUUGUCAAUCUUUAUAGCUACUGUUAAAAAACGUUUUUUGAGAUACCUUUGUAGACUGGCUGGCAAGAGCAGAGAUCUGUAAAAGGCGGAGGUUGCCCAUUGUUCAAAAGAUGUUUGUGGAGCCCUCUGUGGGAUCCGAGGGUGCCUGUCGUAGUCAGCAGACUCCACGGACGGCAGCAAGGAUGGAUGAACAGGCUCUCCUAGGGCUAAACCCAAAUGCCGACUCCGACUUCAGACAAAGGGCCCUGGCCUAUUUUGAGCAGUUAAAGAUUUCCCCAGAUGCCUGGCAGGCGUGUGCAGAAGCUCUAGCCCAGAGGACAUACAGUGAUGAUCACAUAAAGUUUUUCUGCUUUCAAGUACUAGAACAUCAAGUUAAAUACAAAUAUUCAGAACUAACUACUAUUCAACAACAACUAAUUAGGGAGACGCUCAUAUCUUGGCUUCAAGCUCAGAUGCUGAAUCCCCAGCCAGAGAAGACCUUUAUACGGAACAAGGCUGCCCAGGUCUUCGCCUUGCUCUUUGUUACAGAGUAUCUCACGAAAUGGCCCAAGUUUUUUUUCGACAUUCUCUCAGUAGUGGGCCUAAAUUCCAGGGGAGUAGAUCUGUACCUCCGGAUCCUCAUGGCUAUUGAUUCAGAGUUGGUGGAUCGUGAUGUAGUGCAUACAUCAGAGGAGGCUCGUAGGAAUACGCUAAUAAAAGAUACCAUGAGGGAACAGUGCAUUCCAAACUUGGUGGAAUCAUGGUACCAAAUCCUACAGAAUUAUCAGUAUACUAAUUCAGAAGUGACGUGUCAGUGCCUUGAAGUAGUUGGGGCUUAUGUCUCCUGGAUAGACUUAUCCCUCAUAGCCAAUGAUAGGUUUAUAAAUAUGCUGCUAGGUCAUAUGUCAAUAGAAGUUCUGCGGGAAGAAGCAUGUGACUGUUUAUUUGAAAUUGUAAAUAAAGGAAUGGAUCCUGUUGAUAAAAUGAAACUGGUAGAGUCUUUGUGUCAAGUAUUACAGUCUGCUGGGUUUUUCAGCAUUGACCAGGAAGAAGAUGUUGACUUCCUGGCCAGAUUUUCUAAGCUGGUAAAUGGAAUGGGACAGUCAUUGAUAGUCAGCUGGACUAAGUUAAUUAAGAAUGGUGACAUCAAGAAUGCUCAAGAGGCGCUGCAAGCUAUCGAAACAAAAGUGGCACUAAUGUUGCAGCUCUUAAUUCAUGAGGAUGAUGACAUCUCUUCCAACAUUAUUGGAUUUUGUUAUGAUUAUCUCCAUAUUUUGAAACAGCUCACCGUGCUCUCGGAUCAGCAGAAGGCUAAUGUAGAGGCAAUCAUGCUGGCCGUUAUGAAAAAAUUGACUUAUGAUGAAGAAUAUAACUUUGAAAACGAGGGUGAAGAUGAAGCCAUGUUUGUAGAGUAUAGAAAACAGCUGAAGUUGCUGUUGGACAGGCUCGCUCAAGUUUCCCCAGAGUUACUGCUGGCCUCUGUGCGCAGAGUGUUCAGUUCGACACUGCAGAAUUGGCAGACUACACGGUUUAUGGAAGUGGAAGUAGCAAUAAGAUUGCUGUAUAUGUUGGCAGAAGCUCUUCCAGUAUCUCAUGGUGCUCACUUCUCAGGUGAUGUUUCAAAAGCUAGUGCUUUGCAGGAUAUGAUGCGAACUUUGGUAACAUCAGGAGUUAGUUCCUAUCAGCAUACAUCUGUGACAUUGGAGUUCUUUGAAACUGUUGUUAGAUAUGAAAAGUUCUUCACAGUUGAACCUCAGCACAUUCCAUGUGUACUAAUGGCUUUCCUAGAUCACAGGGGUCUGCGGCAUGCUAGCGCAAAAGUGCGGAGCAGAACUGCUUACCUCUUCUCUAGAUUUGUCAAAUCUCUCAAUAAACAAAUGAAUCCAUUCAUUGAGGAUAUUCUGAAUAGAAUACAAGAUUUAUUAGAGCUUUCUCCGCCUGAGAAUGGUUACCAGUCUCUGCUGAGCAGCGAUGAUCAGCUCUUUAUUUAUGAGACAGCUGGAGUGCUGAUUGUUAACAGUGAGUACCCAGCAGAGCGGAAGCAAGCGUUAAUGAGGAAUCUGUUGACUCCACUCAUGGAGAAGUUUAAAAUUCUGUUAGAAAAACUGAUGCUGGCACAAGACGAAGAAAGACAGGCGUCUCUGGCUGACUGUCUCAAUCAUGCUGUUGGAUUUGCCAGUCGAACCAGCAAAGCUUUCAGCAACAAGCAGACUGUGAAACAAUGUGGCUGUUCCGAAGUUUAUCUGGACUGUUUACAGACAUUCCUGCCAGCACUCAGUUGUCCCUUACAAAAGGAUGUUCUCAGAAGUGGAGUCCGCACUUUCCUCCAUCGCAUGAUUAUCUGCCUAGAGGAAGAAGUUCUUCCCUUCAUCCCAUCUGCGUCAGAACACAUGCUCAAAGACUGCGAAGCGAAAGACCUCCAGGAGCUCAUUCCUCUCAUCAACCAGAUCACAGCCAAAUUCAAGGUACAGGUAUCCCCAUUUUUACAGCAAAUGUUCAUGCCUCUGCUCCAUGCCAUUUUUGAAGUGCUGCUGCGACCAGCGGAGGACAACGACCAGUCUGCUGCCCUGGAGAAGCAGAUGCUGCGGAGGAGCUACUUUGCCUUCCUGCAGACAGUCACGGGCAGUGGGAUGAGCGAAGUCAUAGCAAAUCAAGGCGCAGAGAAUGUGGAAAGAGUACUGGUGACUGUCAUUCAGGGAGCCGUCGAGUAUCCAGAUCCAAUUGCCCAGAAAACCUGCUUCAUCAUCCUCUCCAAGCUGGUGGAACUCUGGGGAGGGGAAGAUGGACCGGUGGGAUUCGCUGAUUUCGUCUAUAAGCACAUUGUCCCCGCGUGUUUCCUGGCACCUCUAAAACAGACCUUUGACCUGGCAGAUGCACAGACAGUAUUGGCUCUGUCCGAGUGUGCAGUGACACUGAAGACAAUUCAUCUCAAACGGCAUCUAGAAGUACUAGACGAUGCCGUGAAGAGCAAUGGUUUUAGAAGUCCGGGGACCUGCUUUUUGUACAGAUUCUGUCCGCAGCAGACUGUGCAGAUCGCUGUGUCUUUCCAGGCUUGGCUUCCUCACCUGGCGGCUAAAUUCCUGUCCCUGGUACGUUGAACAGGAAGAGGGAGU